AGUAGCAAGAAGCACCGAAGCAGAGAAGCAAGAAAGCACCAAAGCACAGAUGCAAGAAAGCACCAAAGUACACAAGAAUGCAUUGAAUCAGAGAAGCAAGAAAGUACUGAAGCAGAGAAGCAAGAAAGCACCAAAGUAGAGAAAGAAGCAAGAAGCACCGAAGCAGAGAAGCAAGAAAGUACUGAAGUAUGGAUGCAAGAAAGCACCAAAGUACGCAAGAAUGUAUUAAAGUCGCAAAAAUACACUGAAACAAAGAAGCAAGAAAGUACCAAAGCAGAGAAUACUGAAGCAGAGAAGCAAGAAAGCACCAAAGCAGAGAAUCAAGAAAGCACCGAAGCACCGAUGCAAGAAA